AUGAGUGCACAAAGCAACCCAAAAUUCCUGAUUAAGAGACACGACACUGGUAAAGUAAUUCGAAUAGAAAUAGAAGAAGACAAACAGAUUUUUGACUUACUGGAGUUGAGUAGAGAGCGACUAAAUUUUGAUGAAGAUGCAAUUUUAUAUAUGUACAAUUAUAAAGAGGAAGUUAUCAGUCAAGGUGUUUACGUCAAAGAGCUGGGAGAUCCAAGAGCUGUUUGGAUAUUGAAAGACAUAAGAAUGGAAGAAAAAGAGAAGCGUAAAGAGAAAGCUGACGAUAAUCCACCGAAACGCUUGGAACAACAAGCAGGUAGCGAUGAUAAGUCCAAGGGACUACCCUUAGAUGUAAGAAAUGAUGAAAUUAGAAUGCUUACAAGAAAAAUGAACAGCGAGGGUCUUGAAGGUUUUCUGUAUGAAAUCAUACCCGAGAGCUACACUGAUCAUAGUCAUUCAACAUGUUAUGAACACUCGUUUUAUUCAGAAGAAAAACGCAAGUCCAUCCAAGGCAAAGUAAGUACUACUGACAACUGGGAUUCCUGGCAAGCGGAGGCUAACCUCUCAAUCUGGGGUGUUCAUGUCGGAGCCAGUGCUGGACGCCGUACCUCAAUUUUUCAACAGGAAGGAAAGAAAAAACAAAGAAAAGAGAAAACAUGUGUUGCUGUCGCGACCAAAACGAGCUUUCAUCGGAUGAAAACAUUUAGAGUGAACGUGAAACUCAGUGAGAGGGCAAUGAAAGACGCUAAACAUAUUUUGUACUCUCUUGGACUUGAGAGAGAGCAAGCAAUUAACGAAUUUAUUAAUAAAUACUGUAGUUAUGUGUAUUCCGGGCCUUUUUAUGCAGGUGGUUGGUUCAGGAUUGUGGCAACAGCAACAAGUGACAAAGCUAUGGAGUUUGCGGCUCUGUAUAAAGAAGCUACAGAGCAAACGAAGACUCACUGGUCAGCUGGUCUUGGUGGGUGUGGUCUAACUACUUCAGGAGGUCACAACAUGGGGUCAAGCAUUCAGACAAAUGGCCAGCAAAGUCAACAAAAUACAAAGUCUUCUGUUCAAGUUCAUAUUAAAAAGGAGAGUUCACCAGGCAACAUUUCAAGUGAGGACGGACUGGAGACGAAAAUUAAGGAUGUAGCAAGUCGCACUAUUUUUCCUGCCAUAGGCGCGGAGAAAACGCAAUUCGUACCAAUCUAUGAGAUCUUUGAAAACCAGGCUGAAGCUAAUAACGACAAAGAAUUGGCAAAGUUUUCUCUAGUAUUGCGGUUGUAUAAGAAAGGUGAGUAA